AGGGACCCACUGAGCAUGUCCCCCCCACAUACACCCUUGCUUCCUCUCUGGGGAACCCAGCUGCUGAAAGAUACAAAGCCCCUAGAAAUGUUUUUCCUUCGAUUGACCUGCACCAGGGGGUCCCCCAUUUUGCUCUGGGUUCUGGUCCUGGCCUGGGCCACAGCUCCAUUUUCAGUGGCUCAGAGAGAGGAAUUGCCAACUACCCAGCCACACAAGGAGGAUGGGGAAGAAGGCUGGAAGGUGUCCCGUUUCUUCUGGAAGACAGUGGAGCCCCUGCUGACUAAGGCUAGUGAGAGCUGGGACUGGAUCCGGACUCCGGGACCUGUCCGAGACUACCUUCAGACUUACUAUGAAGACCAUCUCAGUGGCCUGGGCCUCAGAGCCCAGGACUGGCUCCACACGUCAAAGCAAAAAGCCCUAAGUCUCUGCCCCAAAACACUCUGUGGAAGUGAUUAGAGCCAAUGGGCUAAGAAGCAAGAAACUGCAGCUCUCCUCAUCCUGGCUAUAGAUUCAAACAAAUGACUUCCCCCACUAUCGAGUGAUUGUUGGACUUCUGGGUGUUCUAUGUUCUGACAUUCCCUGUUCUGAGACCCCUCCCAACCCCAAAAUUCCCUGUUCUAAGGUCCCUCCCAGCUCUGCCAUCCCCUGUUCUAAGGCCCCUCCCAGCCCUGACAUUCCCUGCUCUAAGUUCCCUCCCAGCUUUGACAUUCUAUAUUUUGAGACCCUUUCUAGCUCUGAUAUUCUGUUUUUAGGACCCCCCCAGCUCUGACAAUUCCUGUUCUAAGAUCCCUCCCAGCUCUGACAUUCCCUGUUCUAAGGGCCCUCCCCUGCUCUGACAUGGCCUAUCCUAAGCUCCCUCCCAGCUUUGGCAUUCUGUGUUUUGAGACCCUUUCUAUCUCUGACUUUCUGUUCCAAGGGCCCUUUUAGCUCUGAAAUUCUGUUCUAAGAGCCCUCCCAACUCUGACAUUUUCUGUCCUCAGGGUCCUUUCUAUCCUAACAUUCUUUGUUCUGUGUCCUAAAAUGUUGUGUUGGAAGGGUUUUCACAGCUAGGACAUUGAAUAACUAGCAAUUAUCUGUAAAACAAUGCGGCCCCCUCAGCCAGUGUCCACAAUAAAGCCUGGUCUCUCUCUCU